AUGCAGGUCCUGCGCAACGCGUUGUUCCUCGCGUACGGCAACGCCAACUUCACUCGAAGUGCUUUCCUGAAACACGCCAAGUCGUUCGAAGAUGCAGAUGAUCACGCGGCCACAGUGGGUGUUACUUCGGACGCUCGGCACGCCGAAGCUGAGGCUCGGCAUGGUGGUGCAGCGGCUGCCGAGCCUGCAGCAGCGGACGGGGGGGGACGGCGGGACAUGCAGGGGCGCGUGUGUGUGGUGACGGGGGGCAAUCAGGGCAUUGGUCGCGCUGCCGCUACCGCCAUGGCGCAGAGGGGAGCCACGGUGCACAUAGUGUGUCGCAACGAGGCCAGAGGGGCGGCAGCAGCCUCUGAGAUCGCCGCCCAAACAGGAAACGACCAGGUGUUUCUUCAGCUGUGCGACCUCUCAUCCCUCUCUCAAGUGCACUCGCUGGCUGAUCGGCUAGCGGGGCUAGGCACGCCCAUUCACGUGCUGGUGAACAACGCUGGCGUGAUGGAGAACGAAAAGAAGAUGUCGCCCGAUGGGUUUGAGCUCAACUUUGCAGUGAAUGUGCUCGGAACUUUUGUUCUGACCGAAGCUCUGCUGCCCCUGCUGCAGCGGGCAGCUCCAGAAGCAAAAGUCAUCACCGUGGCAACUGGGGGCAUUCUCACUCAACCGCUCUCCACCGAUCUGCAAAUGGAAGACACCAAGUUUGAUGGGACUGACGCAUAUGCGCGCAACAAGAGAGUACAGGUGGCUCUAACAGAGAAGUGGGCGGAGCUAUAUGGGGUACAGCCGGGGGGGGUGGGGUUCUACUCCAUGCACCCGGGGUGGGUCGACACGGCCGUCCUUCAAACCAGCAUGCCUGGAUUCUACAACACGUUCAAGGCCUCGCUAAGAAGGCCAGAGGAGGGAGCGGACACGAUAGCAUGGCUGGCGAGUCAACCUGAGUCAACGCUGGUCAAUGGGGGCUUCUACUUUGACCGCCGGGUCGCUUCCAAGCACCUUCCUUUUGCGGGCACGGAGUACAAGAAGGAACUUGUGGAUGAGAUCUACACCAAGCUGAAGGAACUCGCUAAAAUUACAAAAGAGUAG